AUGCCUUUCAAGUCUCUCAUCUGCGCUAUCACCUUGGCUUUCACCGCCAUGACGGCUGCUGUCUGCGACAUUGAACACGCUGCCCCGUUUUGGGGAGCCAGCAGCAGCCGCACGGACCACUUCUACUCCACCAACUACGCGCAGAUCAACAAUUCUCGCGCUGACGGUUACGAGGUCCAAGGCCGCCUCGGGUUCAUCUACCGCGACCCCGUCGUCGACUCUACGAUCUUCUUCCGCCUCUACAACCCGACCAACUAUGACCACUUCUACACCGUCAAUUCCACUCGCGCAGACGAAGUCAUUGAGAACCAGGGCUACAUUGACAGGGGCUAUGUCGGCUACGUCUACACCACGGAUAUCUGCGGCAGCGUGCCGCUCUAUCAGCUGUACAAGGCGAGCGCGACUGACCACUACUAUACCGCGAACAAGACCGAGGCGGAUAACGCUGUCAGCAACGACGGCUACGUGCUGCAGGGUACUGCUGCGUACAUUCUUCCCAAUCUCUGA